UCGUCUUUGCGAGGCAGUGUCUGAAAUCAACUAACAAUACUCAGCUGCCAUCUAGCGGACGCGGACAAACAAAGGGGUAUUUUCUGCUGGCAGCCCCGGCUGAGGUUUCGGCUCAUCACCCAGACAAAGAGGCGAUGAUGCUUCUAAUUUAGGGCAACUGCUUGUGCUAAAAGUCGAUCUGUAAUAGUGCGCUAGAAAUGCAUUGAGAAUAGGAGUGUAUUUUAAAACCGGUACAGGAGAAUAAUUUCGUUUUACGUAAAUGAUGUGGUUUACAAACCCCGUCUGUUGUGAUCUUGGGUCUCCAUUAACAGCCCAUAAUCACUGAUAACGUAAUGUACAAAACGAUGCAACUAUAUUUCAGGGGACCAAUAGCAGCGAGGAGGGAGACGGGCGACAGCAGACACCGGAUUUGCCACUAACCGUUUUAUUAUUGGACUUUGAUGGCCACCGUCAAUAUCUCGGCGUUCUUAUUCCUAAAACAUUUACGCAGUUGCGUUUUUUGUAGACUUUCUAGACAGAUCGAGAUAUUGGCGUUCAAUUGCGUAGCUGGAACGUGUAUAUUUCGAGGAACCAACUCUAUCAUAUUGUCAUGGUGGCAACGACUAACGGGUUGACGUCUCUGGAUAUCGAUUUCUAUUUUGGGGUGAUGUGAAGCUGUCUGGAACAAUGCUGAAAAAGUAUAGAAAAACCUGAAAUAAAGCAUUGCAAUGUCCCGCAUAUUCCUUGGAAUUUGAAUUUCAAAUAGUUUCAUUACGAGAAACCAAGAAGCAUUCGCCUCAACACCAUUCAAGGACUGAAUAGGAAACAUGUUGGGUUUACUUGUGCGUUCGGUUUUCGAAGCUGGGCAGGACAUUUUUCGCGGAUCGGUGCUGUCCGAAAUCAUCCAACACUGGAUCGGUUCCAAUUUUUUAACUCUCGUCUCCGUGCUGCUUGGGGGUGUGGUUUUCUUUGUUAUUGUUUCGUUCAGGAGACGUGGUCAGCGUGGGAUAUCGUCCACCUUCACUGUCGAUUUCAACAAUGCAGACGUCUCUCUCGAGCAGGUCCUGCAAACACCCUUUCGCCUGACGGUGAAAAGGAGCAGGCAGGACCCAACAAAGAAAAAAAGAAAAGAGAAGGAGAGAGUCCAGCCAAACGGGCAUCCAGCCACCACACCUGACGGCGGUAUCGCUGACAGGGAGGCUACACCGAGUCCUGCACGGCCAGACGGCAAACCUUUGAAGCCCAAGAAAAAGAAGAGGAAAACAGAUGAUAAUUUGGAGAAGAGCAUUGUUCUGCUGUCCAAUGACCUCUUCUCUACCAGGGACCGGAGUGAGGAGGAGGAGACUGGGGUUUGGGAGAGGAAGAUGAGCAGCAGAGAGAAGAGGCAGAUGAGGAAGGAGCGGAUGAAAAGAAAGGAGAACCCCAGAGUGGGGUCCCAGCAUCGCCCCCCGAUGGCGGAGAUUCGCUGGAACACCCAGCCCCACGCGGAGGGGGAGUGGCAGCCCCGCCCGGCGACGGGGGAGCCCAGGGGCCCGGAGGCCCGGCCGACAGGGGGGCCCCGCAGGGAGGCCCGGCCCCCGGACGCGGGGAAGGUGGAGAAGACGAGCCGCAGGGCAGUGGAGUGGGCGCCCCCUAGCAGGCUGGAGGAGGACAUCUUCUCCCACGUGGGAACGUGGGAUUCCAAAGACCUGAAGACAGAGCCGGUCACUUUCGGCACCGUUCCUGACCUGACGUCUGCCUUCGGCAACGGCUUAUCGCAGCCCGGUGCGUCUCGGGAGGAGUGGAGCGGCCAGAUACCGCCGCUGGGCAUGGAGGACGCGUGGCUCAGGCUGGAGGACUCCUCUGAAGUUGACCAGACCUCGGACUGGAAGCCCCCCAAAGAGGAAUGGGGCAACUGGGCGGGGGAAGAGGGCACGCUGGGGCAGGAGACGGGGCAGCAACACCUCUGA